UUUUGCUAUUUUAGCUUCACAAUAGUUCAUUGACCGUUAUGAUCGACUGCGAGCUAGGCGUGAUUAUGGAAUUUUCAUGUCGGACGAACAAGUGCUUGAUUAUUCGAGUAUUAAUAUUGAGGCUUCCGCCCAUUGAGUUUUUGUUAUUUCUUUCUAUAUUCCAUCACUCAACUUGCAACAAAUUAUACACUCACCAAGCUACCGAUAACCGAACAUGAAGUUAUCGGUUCCUAUCAUCGCGACCACCGGCUUGACAGUCUUCUUGUCUCCAACUCAAGCCUUUACGUCCAAGGAACCACUUCCUUCCAAUGAAAGUUCACUCGCAUCACCUGUCAAUAGAAUUUUAGUCGAAUUCACUGAAGAAGAUCAAGAACUUUUUGGUUAUUAUGAGACCAUAACUCACCUCUUGAGCAACCUUCAUGGGAGAAUUGGCAUCAACGAUGAUGCUUCAAUAAACUAUCAUCUUGGUAGAAAGGAUCACCAUUAUAUCGACCCUAAGGACCUCAAACUCGUAUCAGUGAAUGACCUCGAGAAAUAUCACGAAGCACAUUGGGUGAAGAUUAAUGAGCAAGAGAUAGUUCUCCAAUGUGGUGCUGUCAAUGCCGCGACUACGGGAGAAGAUUGGGCACUCAUGCAUCGUUGCUCUAGAGAAGAAGUUGCCAUUCGACGAUUGAUGGCUACAUUCAACGAUGACGGCCAUGAAUUUGUUGUCUCAGUACCUGUUCUUCAAGCAGCAUCAAAGAUAAGAGAAGGUACCCACCGUUGCAUUAAAACAGCUUGCCAGAAAGGUCCUCUGGCAUUUUCGACUCCUACCCCAGCAGCCAUUCUUCCACAACGUGCAGUUGCUGCAUCUCAAAUCGCAGCACCUAUUGGCACUGGUUUUUCUCAGCCGACCUCCACUACUUUCUCGCAGGCCACCGCAGCACCCAUUGGGAGUCAUUUCUUGCCGACUGCAUCACCAACUAACAGUCGAUUUCCAACGAUUACACCACCGCCAAUUAACUCCCCAGAACCGUCUACUCUUAUGACCAUCACGCGCCCUGCAACAUUAGAAGAUUUACUUCCAAAACUUCAACCAGAAGAUGAAGUUAUCAAUAACACAUCAACCGGAGAACUUCCAGCUGGCCUUUGGCUCUCUAGACGGCAAUAUGAUCCAUAUAUAACCUUACCAAGACCUCAAUGUAGCGACCCAGGUCCUGACUUUGUCUUGUCAGGAAGGGUGAGAACAAUUACUCCUAAUCCACGCAGGACAUCAUAUACUACCAUUGAAUAUUGGGGGUUUACUACUACUUCAACGGUUCCUCAUGAUUCCAAUCGUCCACCACCACCGGACUCUAUCAUAUACCCGACAUGGGUAACGGCUUCAUUUUGGCAAACUUUCUCCUGCCGUAAGAUCUGGAUGGAGUACUUCAAUAUGGAUGAUUGGUUCAAGAGAGAUAUUGUGGUGAGGGUUUUGGAUGACUUGCAAGCGGCUUCCCGUAGGUAGUGAGGCAUGGAAAGAUAGGAACUGGUUAAGGUGUUUAAAAGUUGGGAUUGGGAAUAUAUACCAAGGCAUCGGAGUCUGAAGCAAUGGGAAGAUGGAAAGUGAUUAAGAUACUGGUGAUAUCCAGGAGCUUGGAAUUAGGAACACAUUUAUCAAGACAUCACAGCUUGAUAUAAUGGAAGGAUAGAAAUUGGUCAAGGUGUUUAGGAUUAGGAUUUAGGGAUAAAUUGUCAAAGUGUUUUAAGAAGUUUGG